AUGAAAAAGCUAAUUGAAAAAAAUGUAAUCAAAAUAAAUUAUAACACUUUUGUAAAUCAAUAUAAAAAAGCUUUUAAAUGUGAAAAGGAUAUAAUUGAUGAAGAACUAUAUGAACAUUUUAUUAUAAAUCCUUUUACUUACUCUAGACCAUUUGGAUGCUUGCUUCCUAAUUAUAACAACACAGAAAAAUAUUAUUUAAAUGGGAUAAAUAUUUUUGAAAUAGUAGAUUAUGUUAGCAUAAAUGAGCGUUUGUAUAAAUUUGAAAAUGGAGAUAAUGAUGAUGAUAGUGAUCAAAACGAAGAAAAUUUCACCAAUUUGCUCGAAAAUUCAGAAAACGAAGAUAUAAUAGACUAUAGUAACAGUGAGGUGGAACAUGGAAAUGGAAAUAAAAAGGGGAUAAAAAAUAAAAAAUCGAGAAAAAAUAAUGAAAGUAUGAAAAACAAAGGACGCAAAAAAACAACUAAUCGUAACAUGAACAAUAAUAACUUCACUACACAAGUAAAAAAAUGCAAUAAUAAAUAUCGAAGAAUUUUUCGUUUUUUACUAUUUGAUGGUAAAUAUUUUAUUUAUGCUUAUGAAUACGAAUUUAAUGAAAAUUUUAAUUAUCUUGAGACAAAUAAAUAUAAAUAUCCAAAAAUAAUUUUAUAUAAUAACCCAGUUAUUAGGCGUAAAGUAAUAUUAUUAAAAAAAAACCAAGCGAUUAUUUUAUUUAAAGGAAAUACAACAAUAGAACAAAAUAGUUCCAAUAUAAAAGAUGAAGAAAAAUACCAUGAUAUAGUUAACGUUAAUCAAAAAAAUUAUUUUAAUUAUAAUAAUAAAAAAGAUGAACUUAUUCCUAUUUCUACAAAAAAUGAAUCAAAUUAUUAUAACUGGUCUGAUAGUUAUAAUAUGUCUAAUCAAAAUAGGAAUCGUAAUGAUGAUCUAAAUUAUUUAAGCAGAGAAAAUAAUAUAAGACAUUUUUAUUACGAAAAUGAAAAUUUUAAAAAUACAUAUACCAAUUCAGGCAUUGGCAAAGACGAAGAAAAUUAUAAUUAUUUUUAUAAUGACAACAAUUCAAAAGGUCAUAAUUGUUUCACAUUUCAUCAAAAUAACGAUAAUAAUGAUAAAUACAAACAUUUUAAAAGUUGUACACCCUUAAAACAGGCACCUAAUAUUAAUGAAAAUGUAUAUAAUAAGAAUUUUAUUCAAACAAACUCAACAAAUAAUAAUUCAAAAAAUAGCAAUCAACUAAUAGAUUUAACAGAGGAUUUUUUUUCAUCUAAAUUUUUCCAAAAAUCACCGGAUAUAAAUAACACAUGUAAUGAUGUUAUUAUUUUGGAUGAUUAA